GAGGAGGCGCUGGGCAUAUCUUUCAUUCAUGGCUAUCCACUCAGUCAUUUACGUGUAACGCGGCGACGAGAGAAGGAGUUCUAAGACUAAGGGAGGAUGAGCGUUUAGCAGUGGUUACUAACAAACUGUCAUGGUGUAAGUGGAGAAAGGCAAUUCGUUGGGAGUGUCGCUGCAUGUGGGAGUCUGGGUGUUUGUGUCUGCGAGAACUAUCGAGCGGGGUAUACGAAUCUUUUAGUUUUGUUUACAUAAUAUUUCUAAUAUUACUACCGCGCCGUGGGAUAUAUAGCUCUGAUAUCACCACCUGCUUUUUAAUGGUAUGGUCGUGGUUUCGCUGGUUUAAGUCAAGUAUUUUCGUGGAUACUAUUUCACCCGAACCCAUGCCUGCGUCUGGAGAGGUCGAGGUUUUGCGACCUACGAGCUUCGCCCAUCAAACGUUACCAGACCGACGGAAAAUCGAGCUGAAGUUAGACUUCUCGUCGUUGGGGUCCCCCCAAGGGGUGGCACCUGAAGACUGUUACCACAUUCGGAAGAAGUGCAAACUGGACUCGAUGUCAGUGGCCAGCGCUUUUUCGAGCAGCAAGAAAUCGUGCUUGACAGCGAGGACUAUGUCCCCUCAUGAACUGGCGUCGAAACUGUCGAAAUCCAAGCCCGUGUUGGUGCUGGACUGUCGCCCCUUCCUGGCGUACAACCGGCACCACAUCCAGGGCGCCGUCAACGUCAGCUGUGCCGACAAGAUCAGCAGAAAACGGCUGGAGCAAGGCAAGUUGAACAUUGCCGACUUCAUAUCGUCGACGGAGGCGAAAGACGUUCUAAAGAAACGCACCCAAAUUGUGAUAUAUGACGAACACACGACAGACUUGAAGGAGGUGGCACUGGACAACGGGUUGAACUUUGUUCUGUCUGUACUACUCAGGGAAGGGAAGGAAGCAUUCGUUUUAAAAGGGGGCCUGAAAGACUUCUCCCACAAGCACAAUGACCUGUGCAUGAGUUCCCUGAAGGACCUCUCGAACAAGCACAAUGACCUGUGCAUGACUUCCAUGCGAUGUCCGGGCUUCAGUCGGCCCCUGUACAGCCCCACGGGCCAACCCAUCCACGAGCCGGACGCCGAGAUAGAACAAGCCAUUACCUCACAGAUACUACCUUUCUUAUACCUGGGUAACGAAAGGGACGCAGCAAGUUUAGAUUGUUUGAUGAACAACAAAAUAAAUUAUAUUCUCAACGUCACAUCACACGUGCCUCUUCAUUUUGAGAAAAAUGGGAUCAAAUACAAACGACUACCGGCCAAUGAUAGCUGCCAGCAAAAUCUCAAACAGUACUUCGAGGAAGCCAUAGAGUUCAUUGACGACUGUCAUCAAAAUGGCGGGAAAAUCCUCAUUCACUGCCACGCAGGAGUCUCGCGUUCUGCCACCAUCACCAUCGCUUAUAUCCUCAAACACACGAAGAUGACAAUGACAGACGCUUACAAAUACGUAAAAGGCAAACGUGCCAUCAUAUCACCUAACUUUAACUUCAUGGGACAGCUAAUGGAAUUCGAACGAGAUUUGAACAAGGGGGAGACGCCGAGAAUUUUGAAUCCAAGAUUGCAAGGUGUUGAAAGUACAGUUUGAACUGAAAAAAAAACAUCUUUCAAGUGAUACGGAUACUGCUGUUGUCCAGCACAGCAUAGAUCACUGACAGUGCUUGUGUCUUUACCGGGUGACGACUGCAAUAAGAAGAUGAUAAAGCAUUAUAAUAAUUUCACGGGAGAUCUUAGAAGACUGAUGUGAGCCAAAACAGUUUUAAUACACGGAAGAACUCAUUACAGACUAAACUUGUGUUCGAAUCUCCGCAUAUUGCGAUGUAUACAAUCGGCAAUGUGGAGUCAUCAUUUGAAAAUCAUCAAACUUUACAUCUAAACGGUUUGGAGGAUCAAAACAAACACAUUCCUACAGGGCAAAUUAUUGUUUUGAUAUUUGUACAAUAGAUAUCACGUUUUGUGCCUUUGUUACCUAGCAGAUCUCAUACCAGCAGACAGCCCAUCACGUCACAGGUGUCUUAUGGCCUAUGGUUAAUGUACCUUGGACUUAACAACAUGUCUGUUGGUUACAUCGCGUAUGUUACAUCAUCACUUGACACUUCAUCGCAGUGGUUUUGUACGCGGCACGCGGCACACAGACUGCUAACAGACCGAGUCUCAUCAAUCACUGUUUUAUCAAGUCAUCUCACUUUAAUCCGUUGAUAUGAAUGGACUUCAGGGAAUGUGCAAAUAAAAAAAGACAAAUUGACCAAAUGUUUUUAAACAGGGCAAGAUAUGUGUUUAUACAUGUAGAGCGUGAAUGGACGCGUGAAUGAACGCGUGAAUGAACGCGUGAAUACUUACUGUAGCAGUGUUGUUUCUCAUACAUCAUAGCCGUUUACCAUAUGGUUGGUUUGGAAGGCUGAUUCUUGACGAGCGUGUGUGUGUGUGUGUGAGAGAGAGAGAGAGAGAGAGAGAGAGAAAGCGGCUGACUCAUUUUAAUGAUAUCUCAUACAUGCUGCCAGAACAGGCCAGCGAGGACUUGCUCGCAUGGCUACCUCGUCGUAAAGAUACACUCAUCCAUCCGCCAUCCUUCAUGACAUCACCUAACAUGGCCGCCUUGUAUACUAGUAUGUGUGACGCCAUUCCAUCACCAAAGAUAGUGAGAGUGAAAGAGAGAGAAAAAGAGUGAGAGAAAGAAAGUGACAAACAGUUAAAAAGUUAUCAAAUGCAAAUUAAAAUAAUUUCUACCUCGCCUGUUGUGAAAGAGAUGAAUGCUUUGUGAUUUUCAGCGUGUUUUUAUGUACACUCACAGUCUGUUUGACUGGGACUCUGUAUUUUCUAUGUUGUUUGUGUACAUUUUAUAGAUAGUUGUAAACAUGCCUACGAUAACGGCUACAUUGUCACCUCACCUCACCAACAAUGCCUUAUGAGAGACUGACGGUGUGCACAAAUUGCAUCUUGGCAGCUUUUGUACAAGUACGAACAUUGCAAUACGUCUAACUGCAAUCUAUCUAGUCAUAGCCAGAGGCACAUUUAGAGAAGCGUGAUUUAGAGAAAACGCCACCCCUUUUUCCAAAACAUUCGCGUAUACCAAUAUAAUUCUGCUUAUUUAUCGCCGCGUCUUUGUCGGCUAUCAGUAAUUUAGCCCUUCCCAAAAUGAAAAGCAUGUACGCUGAUUCAGCCAGUUGAUAUUUAUAUAAAACAUUUUUAAUGAGUAACGUUUUUAAAAUUCUAAAAUAAACAUGCUAUUUGAUUUUAAUAUACAAACUGUUAUCCCUUUGAACAUUAUGUUAAAUUCCGUAUUAGAAACAUUACAUCGUAUUCAAUGUUACGAUUUGCACAAAGCUUGAAACGUGGUUUGAGUUAAGAACUAUGCAGUGCCACUAUUUUAUGAAAGCCCGGAUGGUGAAACAUGACUUGUAUAUACUUACCUAAAUUAUUUCAGUAUUUAUUUAUAAUUUAUUUUGUACUACAAAUAUAUAUGUAUCAUUCCUAUUCACAUAGUAAUGAAAGCAAUAACUGAAUGAAUGUUGAUAGACCCACCACCUCUUGGUUAACCCACGACAAUUCAUUGUAUCGAAUUGGCGUCAGUUAUCUUUAGAAUUUCGAAAGAACGAUAUAAGUAGCUUAAAAUAAUGUUAAAAAUGUACCACGCGGGAUAUUAAACUUGUAGUAAUAAUAUUUUGCUGGCACCCAGACUCUUGAUGUGAGUACUACAUGCCAAGCUAUUUUAUAAAAUAUUGGGUGCGUAAGACAAGGGGCCACUAUUUCGCCUACUGUUUUUACUAAAUGUGUAAAACAUUAUUUUAUUUUUUUUAUUUUUUAAAAUUGUUUUAUAAAAUGAUACAAGUUAAACGCUUGGUGUACAUAUUCAGGUAGCAAGGUUUUCCGGAGGCGUGGUCUAUCAUUUUAUGUAAGUACCAAAUAAUCGUACGUUGUUACCGAACAGAGUGUUCAUGUAGUGCAAUAUCUUCUGUCGGGUGUCAGGUCAAAGUUUUGUUUUGAACAGUACCAUGUUUUGUCGGAUGCUAGGGAGAUUACAAUGCAUGUCUGCGUUGUUUAGUCUGCCUUGCAGAUCGAAGUUUUGUAAGUGUGUAUAUUUGAAUGUGUAUAUGACAGAAAACGGCCAAAUGAGUUUACAUUUUAAACAAAAUGUGAAAUAAAAUGGUUAAAUUUGAA